AUGCUCGGCGGCGUUGUGCUUCUUCUUCACCAUCUUCUUUUUCCGGUGAGCGGCCAGAUCUCGCUGGUGUGCUCCGGCGUUUCCUCACAAGCGCCGGGCCGCGUCACCUUCUUCUUCCUUUCCCGGAGUCCACCUUCGGCGAGCGUGGGGGGGGUGCAGGUGAAGGAUGUGUCAGGAUUGGUCUAUACGCAGAACUUUGCGACGUGCGGUGAAGUGAAGCCGGGCGAGGGCGGGCUUGCGAGCACCAGUACUGUGGCGGAGAUCGGUACCAACAUCCGAACCAGCUGCAGUUCAGUGCUCGAGAAUGGGCUUCCACUCAUUGACGCUACAGCCACGGACACGAAUAAGAUCACCUGCUACAAGCGACUCCCUGACAUGCCGUCCCUGGAUGUCUUGGACGGCGGUUUUUUCCACGUCCUCGCGCACGGGGAGACGGAUGAGACGGCCAUUCUCAUACCUGCUCAGCUUACAGACCGGAUCCGCACCAUUUGGGCCGUGGCCAUCGACGGCUUUGGCAGCGGUUGGCUGGCGCUGAGCCAAGCCCUGGACGACGGUGCCACGGAAAUGGCGCCUUGCGCGGACGUGCUCACGAGGACCGGGAAUGGUAACAAUGCAGUGACCACGAGAGACAUGUGGCCCUGCUCAGUGGGGCUCACUGGAAGAUGGUGGUAUUUUCAAGUCGGGCCCGCGGGAGGUCUGGCCAAAUGUUCAUCUGCGCCCAGCGGCAAUGUGGUGCGAGGGGACCUUUCCUCUUCGCGGGUGCAAUCUUUCUGUAGCGAUGUCCCAGAUGGAUUCCUUUGCCCUGUGGCUUGUGAUGCAAGCUAUGUGCCCACCGGCAGCAUCCGGUGUCAGGACGGCGUGUGGAGUAACACCUUCGUGUGCAGGAGCUUGCAAACUGCGUGCCUGUCGCCCAUCACCACAGCCCAGGUGGAAUCCGCGAACGGUCGGGAGAGUUGGCUGAUCCGCGGAAUUCAGCCGGACCAGCAGGGUGACUGCGGUCUCUUCACCCGGCUCGGCAAGAAGUGUGGGGCCACCUGCAGAGAAGGCGAGUUUGGGCAGGGCCAAGUUCACUGCGUUGGCGGCGGCGGGGGCAACCCCAACAGCCUGCAGGUCCCGUCUGGAAGAUUUAAGGCGGAGACCGGCUUCGACUGCAUUCCGCAAGUCUCUGACUCCAUGUUUCCGGCUCCAGUGAUGAUCACCGCGCUGACCCCAGUGGGGGACGCCAUCCGCGUGGCGGCCACGGUAACGCGGGAUCCCAACACGGUGCGCUCGCCCAUCCAACAGCUGACCAUCCGCAGCGUGUCUGGCGCGAUGAGCUGCUCCGUGGAUCGAACCGGGAUGAGCCUCUCGAGGAGACGCAGGUCAAUGACGUGCCAGAUCUCCCCGACAUAA